CUCCUUCAUCAUCUACAAGAAGAGCCACCUGGGGGAUGCAAGAGGUGAAGCGGUCAUUUCACCAAGAGCAUCAAGCCAAACCCAUAGUGUUCGAUUUGCUCAAAGUGAAGAGGCAUGGUGUCCUUUUGCAAGUUCAUAACAUGUGUUCUUGUCACAGUUGCUAUAUACCCAGCUUUGUUUCUGGUCUCCGUUAUCAUCCACUACACACAGGCUGUCGUACCGCCAGGAAUUGACCAACCACUAAAACUCCGCUUGUACAACUGUGUGUCCAUCUCGGUGUUCCUUUUGGGAAUCACAUUAGAGAAACUGAGACUAUACACUCUUGUAGGUCUUUUGCGACUUGUAACAAAUGGGCUCCCCUGUUGCCGGGAUUCAUCCCUUCUCAUUCAGAACCAGACAUUUGACAAGGUGCCAGUCAGGAUUUAUCAGCUUAAAGAAAAGACAACCCAAAAAAGGAAAGCUUUACUUUACUUCCAUGGAGGGGCCGGUAGUUUGGGAAGCAUUGAUGCCUUUGAGAGAAUGUUGCGUCAUAUUGCCAAGGAAUGUGAUUUGGUGGUCGUAGCGGUUAGUUAUGGGCUUGGCCCAGAGAACCCUUACCCAAACCAGUAUGCCGAAUGUCUCAAGGCUGCUGUCCACUUCAUGAAGAAAGCUGAAGAUUAUCAGGUGGAAGCUUCCCGUAUUAUCAUUGGUGGGGACAGCUGUGGAGCCAAUUUUGCCACACAGAUUUGCCAGUUGCUGGGGGACAGAAAAGAUCUCCCCAGAGUUCAUGCUCAGAUGUUGAUCUAUCCAGGACUGCAGGGGAUGGACUUUUACUUGCCUUCAUAUCAGCAGAACAGCAAAGUGGCAUUCUUGUGGAGGAAACUAGUCAUCUUUUUCAGCUGUAUUUACCUGAAUAAGAAGGUAUCUCUAGUAAAUGAUGUCUUGGAAGGCUGCCAUGUUCCUGAGGCUAUCAGGCUGAAGUACCAGAAAUGGGUGAAUGCAGACCUCAUUCCUGAAAAAUUUAAAGUAAGAGGCUACAAACCGCAAGACCCUGCUUUACGUAAAUUUAAACCUAAGGUGUACGAAGAAAUGAAGCAAAUGUUGGAGGUGACGUUUUCACCACUUUUUGCUGAAGAUGCCGUCAUCUGCAAGCUUCCACACACAUGCAUUUUGACCUGUGAGUUUGAUGUGCUUAGGGAUGAUGGGCUUCUGUACAAGAAGCGGUUAGAGGACAACGGGGUGCCAGUGAAAUGGAUCCAUGUUGAGAACGGCAUCCAUGGGAUAGUCUUAUUUUUUGGUUAUGGAGUCCUGUCAUUUCCGUCAGCAGGGCGGAUUGUAAAUGACCUAGCAGAGUGGGUGACAUGCUUAUGAGGCAAAAGAAGGAAACAUAUUGUCUCCCCCUCCCCCUCCCUUGAAAUAUUGAGCCCCAUAAAGUCUCACUCAGAGUAGACUAAGUUAGUCAUGCCCAUCCAUUUCAAUGGGUUCUGAGUAGGACUAACAUGGGAUGCAACCCAAAUACUUGAUCCACCAAACCAAAGCCUCCCAUAUAUGCACAUUGAAGCCCACCUAUGAACACUAUCCCUAUGAUCUCCUCACUCCAGCUUAGAACCAGGAAUGUUCUUCUGAGGAUUUUCUUCUUUCAGGGUCCUCUCAAAUGGUUGGGGAAUUUCAGAAUGGGACGACAGGGUAAAAAUGCUCUUUUAAGUUGUACAUUAAAGCAAUCUUAGUUGCUGCAUUGUUUAGGAAAUCAUACAAGGGACUAGGAACAGGAAAUGUAAUUUCAAAUAAUGGUUUAAAUGGCCUUUUUCUUGCUUGACUUAAAUUGCAUUUUGUUAUUUAUCAGACUUGUUUCCCAAUUUUCAUUAUAAAAUAAUCCCAAAGUGGGUUACAAUAACACUCAAAGAGUUGUAUCCAACCAAGUCCUACACAGAAUAGACCCACUGAAAUUAUUCCAAUAUAUAAAGCUUUUAAUAGGUAAUUUUCAUUUUUGAUCAUGCAUAUUUUUAACAAUGAAUUUGGAAUUGAUUUUUGGUCAACUUGUUUAUAACUUCUAGCUUUUUAAAUAUAAUUUUAAUGUAUAUUUUAUGGAAAUCGCUUAGAGGUUUUGACAAUGACAGGUAUACAGUUUUCAUUAAAUAAAUAAAUUAGGGUUGUAGUCAACUAACUUUUACUCAGAGUAGAGCCAUUGAAAUCAAUGGACCUAAGUUAGGCCCCAUCUGCACUCUACAUUUAAAGCAGUAUUACACCACUUUAAACAGUCAUGGCUUCCCCCAAAGAAUUCUGUCAUUUGUUAAGGGUGCUGAGAGUUGUUAGGAGGCCCCUGUUCCCUUCCCAGGACUACAAUCCCAAGAGUGCCCUGGGAAUAGGGACUGAUUGUUAAACCACUCUGAGAAUUGUAGCUGUGUUAGGGGAACAGGUUCAUCAUCAUCAUCAUUUAUUAUUACGGUCAUAGACCUAUAUACAUAAAACCAAUAUUACAUAAAUUGGAACAGAAAUAUAAGGAAAAUCAAAAGGAUAAAACAUCAGACUAUUGUGGUCUAUAUUAUAUUAAAACAUGAAAUACUUCAAAUGUCCUAAACAUCAGGUGAAGGAUAACCCUUACGAAUUCGUUGGGCAAUGAAAAGAAAUUUAGCUACAGACAAACUAAUAUCACUGUUAAAACAAGAUAGCAAAAGGGUAAGUAACCUGUUAUCUGGUUUAUGAGGAAACUUGUUUGUUAUUGGCAUAAUAAUUUUUUUGCGUUCCUCCUCAUAUAGAACACGAUCGAAGAUAACAUGAAAAAGAGUUUCAAUCACAUCAGCUUUACAUGGGCAAAUCCGGUUAGCAAAAGGGAUCCCCUGAAAUCUCCCCUCCAGUAAUGCCGAGGCUAGACAGUUAAAUCUAGCCUUAGUGUAGACUGUACAAUAUUUAGGGAUAGUGAGGAAGUCCAAAUAGUGGGAGUAACUCAGUAGAUCAUAAUGUAGGUCAAAAUAAAUCGGAGAACAAGUAGAGGAGGCUGCAGAAAUUGCAUGUUGAUAGUCUAUAUCUCUAAGCCGAGUUCGAAUAAAAUGUUUUCUCGAAGUUGGCUCUUGAGAUGUUAAAUAUUCUGGUGAUAAACCUAUGCUUGUAAGAUGUGAGCUAAAAGUUUUUGCCCAGAGUGAAUUAUAUGAAUCUUUCCAUAAUAAAGAGUAACUAGGGGUGUUUUCAUAUACCACUUUACACCAAUAAUUGGAAGCAAUAGACCAUGCAUGGGAUUGUAGCGAGAUUAAACCAGAUUCUAAUCUAAGUGCCACUGUUGGGGCGCAUUUGGGUAGACCGUAAAUUUGUCUCAGAAAGGAUGAUAAAACUACCUCUACAGAUGAGUUAUAUGCUCCGAUCCAAAGCGGGAUUCCAUAUAACAAUUGGGGAAAUAUUUUAGAACUGAAAGCUUUCAGAGCAGCUGGUAUAAAUUGACCUCCUUUGGUAUAAAAAAAUCUUAGAAUACCUUUGACAGAAUUUCUUGCUGUUGCUAUGGCCGCCUGAAUAUGGGAUGUCCAAGAUAGUGAUGUGUGAAAAAGGAUACACAGAUAUUUAAAUUUGUUUACUUGUACAAUUUUCUGUCCAUUUAUAUUCCACACCGAGGGCUGAAAAUGAUUAGCGAAUACUAAAAUUUUGGUUUUGGUGUAAUUUAUAGCCAAUUUGUUGUCCUGACAGUACUGCAUAAAAGCUCGAAAUAGCCGUUUUAGUCCUACUUUAGAUAGAGAUAGGAGUACGGGGUCGUCUGCAUAUAAAAGUAGUGGGCAUCGUUUAUCAGCUAAUUUAGGAGCAUGAAAGGUCAAUGAUUGGCAAUAAGAUGACAGAUCAUUUAAAAAAAGAUUAAAUAGGAGAGGAGAUAGUAUGCAUCCUUGCCUAACUCCCGUGUUUGUUUUAAUUGAAUUUGUUAGUUCCCCUCCCCUGCCACAUUUCACUCGAAAGGAAGUCUGUUGGUACAACUGAGUUAUUAAGAAUAGGAGUCUUUUAUCCAUCGUGGUUUUGUCAAGUUUUGCCCAAAGUAUUUAGGGGAACAGGUUGUUGUUGUUGUUAUGUGCCUUCAAGUUGAUUACGACUUAUGGCAACCCUAUGAAUCAGUGACCUCCAAGAGCAUCUGUCGUGAACCACCCUGUUCAAAUCUUGUAAGUUCAAGUCUGUGGCUUCCUUUAUGGAAUCAAUCCAUCUCUUGUUUGGCUUUCCUCUUUUUCUACUUGCUGCUGUUUUUCCCAGCAUUAUUGCCUUUUCUAGUGAAUCAUGUCUUUUCAUUAUGUGUCCAAAGUAUGAUAACCUCAGUUUCAUCAUUUUAGCUUCUAGUGAUAGUUCUGGUUUAAUUUGUUCUAACACCCAAUUAUUUGUCUUUUUCACAGACCAUGUUAUGUGCAAAGCUCUCCUCUAACACCACAUUUCAAAUGAGCAGAUUUUUCUCUUAUACGCUUUUUUCACUGUCCAACUUUCACAUCCAUACAUAGAGAUCCGGAAUAGUGAUAGUUCUAGUUUCGUUUGUUCUAACACCCAAUUAUUGGUCUUUUUCACAGUCCAUGUUAUGUGCAAAGCUCUCAUCUAACACCACAUUUCAAAGGAGUUGCUUUUUCUCUUAUCCGGUUUUUUCACUAUCCAACUUUCACAUCCAUACAUAGAGAUCGGAAAUACCAUGGUCUGAAUGAUCCUGACUUUAGUGUUCAAUGAUACAUCUUUGCAUUUGAUGACCUUUUCUAGUUCUCUCACAGCUGCCCUCCCCAGUCCUAGCCUUCUUCUGAUUUCUUGACUAUUGUCUCCAGUUUAGUUAAUGACUGUGCCAAGCUAUUGAUAAUCCUUGACAAGUUCAAUGUCCUCGUUGUCAACUAUAAAGUUACAUAAAUCUUCUGUUGUCAUUACUUUAGUCUUUUUGAUGUUCAGCUGUAAUCCUGUUUUUGUGCUUUCCUCUUUAACUUUCAUCAGUAUUCAUUUUAAAUCAUUACUGGUUUCUGCUAAUAGUAUGGUAUCGUCUGCAUAUAUUAAAAUUUCUCCCUCCAAUUUUCACAUCUCCUUCAUCUUGGUCCAAUUCCACUUUCCAUCUGAUAUGUUCUGCGUAUAGAUUAAGUAAAUAGGGUGAUGAAAUACACCCCUGUCUCACACCCUUUCUGAUGGGGAACCAAACGGUUUCUCCAUAUUCUGUCCUUACACUAGCCUCUUGUCCAGAGUAUAGGUCACACAUCAGAACAAUCAGAUGCUGAGGCACCCCCAUUUCUUUUAAAGCAUUCCAUAGUUUUCAUGAUCUACACAGUCAAAGGCUUUGCUGUAAUCUAUAAAGCACAGGGUGAUUUUCUUCUGAAAUUCCUUGGUCCAUUCCAUUAUCCAACGUAUGUUUGCGAUAUGAUCUCUGGUGAUCUCCCUUUCUAAAUCCAGCUUGGACGUCUGGCAUUUCUCGCUCCAUAUAUGGUAAGAGCCUUUGUUGUAGAAUCUUGAGCAUUACUUUACUUGCAUGGGAUAUUAAGGCAAUAGUUCGAUGGUGUAGUGGUUAAGGUGCUGGACUAUGACCUGGAAGACCAGGGUUUGAAUCCCCACACAGCGACAAAGUUCACUGGGUAACCUUGGGCCAGUCACUGCCUCUCAUACUCAGAGGAAGGCAAUGGUAAACCCCCUCUGAAUACUGCUUACCAUGAAAACCCUAUUCAUAGGGUCACCAUAAGUCGGGAUUGACUUGAAGGCAGUCCAUUUCCAUUCUUGAUAAUUACUGCAUUCCCUGGGAUCCCUUUUCUUUGGAAUUGGGAUGUAUAUUGAACACUUCCAGUCUGUGGGCCACUGUUUAGUUUUCCAUAUUUCUUAACAGAUAUUCAGAGGGGGUUUACCAUUGCCUUCCUCUGAGUUUGGAUGCAUCUUAGUCUGGUGUCUCAGCUUUGACCAUUCUGCCUUGGGUGCCUCUUGGUCUAGACUCCUGACGGCAUUGCUCUCAGCAGGCCCACCCUUAGCAUGAGCGGGGCCCAGGGCAAAAGCAUAGUUGGGGACCCCCACAUUCUUUCUCUCUAUAUAUAUCCUUUCCUCCAGGCAGCGGUGGAGGCUUAGAAUCCCCACACAGCCAUGAAACUCCCUGGUUGACCUUGGGCCAGUCACUGCCGCUCAGCCUCAUGAAAACCCUAUUCAUAGGGUCGCCGUAAGUCGAGAUCGACUUGAAGGCAGUACAUUGACAUUUUAUUUCUAUAAAUAAAAUAGCUUUUCUUAUUUCACUAAGUCUUAAGUCUCAGCGCUAUAAAUGCAAGAUAAAAGCCUGCUACUUAGGAAAAUGCACACAUUGGCACACGCGCAGCUCAGACCGUUGACAAUCUCUGCCAAUAUCUAUAUAAAUGUACAUAACAAGUUGGAGGUUAAAGGACAUCCCUUGGGCACUAUGUUGGCUAUUCCUGGCAUACUACCUAUGACAGCCUUCCACAGCUUGGUGCCCUCCAGCUGUUUGGGGCUACAAUUGGCAAGGAUAGCCAGGGCUAUGGGAGUUGGAGUCCCAAACAUCUGGAGGGCACCAGUUUAGGGAAAUCUGUGGCAUGGAGUAACCCUCAAUCAAUUUUUUUCAUCACCAUUCAAUGUAUGAUUAUCAGAGUGGUGUACAAAAGUAAAAAAAGUAAGGCUUGUACCCAACAAAGCCCUAGGUCACAUCCACACCGUACAUUUGAAGCACAUACCUUCCCCCAAAGAAUCAUGGCAACCCAAUGACUUUCCUACAUGAUUGUUGGCAUGCAGUGCCCUCUGCUGGUGCAGUGUCACACUGGAAAACUGCUGUUAAGGGUGAAAUUUCAUUUUGAACAGAGGACAUGAGUUUACUCUCCGCUUUGCCUUCAGCAGCACUCCAAUUCAUAAAUAGGAAGCCACCAAUUUAUUUAUUUAUAUAUAUUUAUUAUACUUGUAUACCGCCCCAUAGCCGAAGCUCUCUGGGUGGUUUACAGUAACUAAAAACAUUAAAACAAAUACAAUUUAAAACAGAUCUUAUAGAAACAAUUUAAAACACAAUUUAAAAAAUUUAAACAGUAUAAUGUAUGAAGACAUGUGCCCAAUUUGAGAAGGACUGGAGUGACGUCAGCAAACAAUCCCUAGCAGAUCAUAGAAUAAUAGAAUCAUAGAAUAGUAGAGUUGGAAGGGGCCUAUAAGGCCAUCAAGUCCAACCCCCUGCUCAAUGCAGGAAUCCAAAUGAAAGCAUUCCCGACAGAUGGCUGUCCAGCUGCCUCUUGAAUGCCUGCAGUGUCAGAGAGCCCACGACCUCUCUAGGUAAUUGGUUCCAUUGUCAUACGGCUCUAACAGGAAUUUUAUCCUGAUGUCCAGUUGAAAUCUGACUUCCUGCAACUUGAGCCCAUUAUUCUGUGUCCUGCACUCUGGGACGAUCAAGAAGAGAUCCCGGCCCUCCUCUAUUUGACAACCUUUCAUGUACUUGAAGAGUGCUAUCACAUCCCCCCUCAGUCUUCUCUUCUCCAGGCUAAGCAUGCCCAGUUCUUUCAGUCUCUCCUCAUAGGGCUUUGUUUCCAGUCCCCUGAUCAUCCUUGUUGCCCUCCUCUGAACCUGUUCCAGUUUGUCUGCAUCCUUCUUGAAGUGCAGAGACCAGAACUGGACACAGUAGUCAAGAUGAGGCCUAACCAGUGCUGAAUAGAGGGGAACUAAUACUUCACACGAUUUGGAAACUAUACUUCUGUUAAUGCAGCCUAAUAUAGCAUUUACCUUUUUUGCAGCCGCUUCACACUGUUGGCUCAUAUUCAGCUUGUGAUCAACGACAAUUCCAAGAUCCUUCUCACAUGUCAUAUUGCUGAGCCAAAAAUUGCUCAAAAAUGAUAAAAAUUGCCCCUUUCUUAGCAGAUCUACGAUUGCUGUCACAGCAUUUAUUUCACAUGGUAACAGCCACAGGGAAAAAGGCAUUUUUGGUUGCCUUUCAGCUGAUGCUGAAGGCUUGUGGGACUGCCCAGUUGUACCUGGAGGGCUGGGGAAGAUUUUAAAAAAAGCUGAGCAAGAGGCCACAGAUAGGAACAGCCAUCACCCUCCCCAGCAGACUCAGUCUUCACCCCGUUUCAGACUGAGGGCCACAUUCACUCAUGAAGAGCAUGCCAGUGGUGGGUGGAGCCAAAGGCAAAAGAGGGAGGAGCAAAAGAUGCAACUCUUUCCUUUGUAUGUUACGCUGCAUUCCAACCUUACAAAAGUCUGUGGUUUCUACACACACACACACAGAACACACCCUUCUCCAGCCAGGCAAGCAAAAGUCAUUCUCACAGUUCAAGCUAGCAAUGGGCUGUGUUUCUGCAGUAUUUGCCAUUGGAUUAAUUAUUAUUUCUGAUAUUCUCUGUCUUUGGGGGGGGAUUUUGAAAUAGCAACUCUCUGCCCCUGGUUUCUGAUUCAUUCUUUUUUUCCGAUUCUUUUUUUUUAAUCACUUUGAAAUCAUUGAUAGUGUAAUACUUUUAUCCAUCUGCUUUCUAUAUGAGCAUUCCCUUUCACUGAUGUCAGUGAAGUGUUGAUUGUAACUGAGAGACAGAAAGCAGCAGGAGGAAUGAGGUGUUGAUUGUAAGCAGUAGGGGAGAAGACACUGACUUGAUUAUCUGCCUUAAGCUGAUCCGCCGUGCACUUGAAAAGGAAUGUAAACAGGCAAUCAUUACAGAGUUCAGAAUAAAGAUUGAUACCAGCGGAGACUUGUGAAUAAAUCACGAUUGCAAUAUCGAUACCUCUCUGCAAAGAAAAUGUGUGUGUGAGAGAGACAGAGAAGAAAAAUGAAACGAUAGCAGAGGAAAAAGGAAUUGGAUCAUUAACAACCACCAGGGGGCCACCCUUAAAAACAAAACAUAAAAAUUGAGAGGAUUCCAUUCCAGUUCAAGCAGGAAUUCCUGGGCAGAGUCCUGAGUGCCAGAGAGAGAAGCCUGGAAGACUGCAUUCACCCCCCAAAUUGAGGUUCCCCAUCCCUGCUUUGUAUUGAUGACUGUCCCUUGCCUUUCAUAGGUAUAAAUCAGUAGCAAAUUCAAAAGUGCAGGAUCACUUCAUGUUAGUUGUGCCACACACAUCUUUUCCCACUUUCCCUCAUCUCCCGUGCUCUCCCUUUCAUCUUGCAGGUCCACACCCCUCUACAACAGACGUCCCUAGGAGCCAAUCAGCAUGAAGGGGGAAUCUGUGUCCUAGCUACUGAGAAGAGUCUUCUCAGUGGCUAACUUACCUCCUUUCACUCUGAUUGGCUUCAAUCUGCACAAAAGGACAAGGGCUUUUCUCAGUGGCUAGAAUGCUCCCUUUUCAUGCUGACUGGCAUGCUCAUAGGGACCUGGUUGGGAUCCUGCUCCCAAAAAUGUUAAUGGGUCUGUGACCCCCCACAACCCUAGACAAGUGUUGCUGCUUCCAACACUGCAUCUCCAUGCUGGUUAAAGAGCUUUGCUUGGUCCUUCCUGCCCAUUAACAUCCCAGGUCCUUGAAUGGCAACCUUGCCCCAAGAACAGAACAGCCAUCUUAUGGGAACAGAAAUGUGUGCUCUUUUAGAUUUCUAGACAUGGUUAUCAGGGGCAGGACAAAUAUAUGUCUCGAUUUUGGCAGCUUGUAAAACUGUGUAUAGCCAAGCAGCAGGGACAGAGGAGAAAUUUGAUUCAGUUCACAUUGAAAAGCGAAUCCAAAAUCUGCACUUUCUAAAACAACAUGAGAACUGAAAUACAGGCACCCUUGGAAAUGUGCACUUCUUCAUAUUUUGCAAUGCAGUUCUUCAACGAAACAAUACUUACAAGAAUGCAUCUAUUAGAGGGAAGUGUGUAUAAAAAUAAAGAUGUUAGUGAAAGUACAGACACACGCAUUGCAUUCAGAGAAAGUGCUUGCAAAAAUGUGUACGUGAGUCAAAACUACAUACAAAAAGGUGUCUAUUGGAAGAAAUUUGCAGUAAAAUGCCAAAGGAUUUUCAUGAGAAUGUUUUUUUUUUUUAAAAGCAAGUUGCUUCAGAAAUGUGAGAGCUGAAGUUAAGGUUUUAAAAAUGAGAAACGGAAAGAACCCAAAUGAACAAAUCCUUCCAUCCAUUCCAAGUAGCAACAGCCAGUUUGCCCUGUGCUGAAGUUCAUAUAUGUGGAAGGCUGGGGAAACAGAAACCUCUCUGGCCACCAGAUGCCACCAGAGAGUUAAAUAAAUAAAGCAUCCUCCUCAUACUCUUCUGGAAAGUGACACAAAACGUGGAGGAAGGAUCCUUUUGAUAUACCCCUCUGCCACAUUAAUCCCUAGAUUGCAGGGUUCUGUACCACCAAAAAAGUAUGCUGACAGGGCUAACUCCACUGUCAGAGGCAACAUGGCUCUGAACACCAGUUGCUGGGAAUCACUGGGCCAGGUAGGGAGAGGGGACACUGUUGCACUCAGGUCUUGCUUGUGGGCUUCCCAUAAGGGGCAUCUGGUUGUCCACCAUGAGAAUAGCCUAGGAGAAUUGAAUCCCAUUAUUUUGCCCUUAUUGCAACCCUGGGCUCCUGCUAGAAGGACGGGAUAUAAAUCAAAUAAAUAAAUAAAUAAAUAUUCAUAUCAGGCUAAUGGCUGAUAAGAUUUGAUCAAAGGAUUCUGAACAAAUGGCUAAGUGUUUGCUGGCAAGAGAAAAAGCUGGAUUUUGCCCAAGUGCAGCUUCGAGGCUUCAAAGGAGAAGCGAGAGAAGACCAACUGCACAAAAUAAAUUAGACACUGGGCAACAUCCUGGUUCAGCAAGUGGAAAAACAUGGGCUAAAGCUCCCUAUACAGUGGGUUUGGCAAGGGCAAUUGCAAAGGAUAUUUAAUUAAAUGCAGGGGGAACUAAUUGGGAUCUUCUCUUCAGAAUCUGAGAGGUCUGACCUCCAGGGCUGUCAAAUGUUUUCAUAUGGGGUUCCAUCAUUCUAAGAUGCUCUGCGUUGUGUUGAGUAUGUAUAUUGAUUUAGUACUGAUACUCUUUAAGCUUAUUAAUUUUGU